AUGGCGGCUACCUUCGCUGCGUUUGAGAAUGGCGGCAACGCGGCUAAGGACGGCGAGUUUCGCGAGGAUCUCAACCGCAUCCUCAUCUGCCCAGACUGCAAGGAAGAGCCGCCAAACCUCGUUGAAGAGUACUCCUCGGGCGACAUGGUCUGCGCCUCCUGCGGCCUCGUUCUCGACCGCAUCAUCGAUACUCGGUCAGAAUGGCGUACCUUUUCUGGCGACGACAACGGGAAUGACGAUCCCUCCCGUGUCGGUGAUGCCCCCAACCUGAUGAUUGAUGGCGAUCAACUGCAGACGUCCAUCGCCUUCGACGGCAAGGGUGCCAAGAACCUGGCCCACCUCCAGAACAAGGUCAAUCAGGACAAAGGCACCAAGGCGCUGCUUCAGGCAUAUCGGGACAUCCAGGCUCUGACCGACAGCAUCAACGCCGGCGCCCAGGUCGCCAACACGGCCAAGCACAUCUUCAAGAUGGUCGACGACAACAAGGCGCUCAAGGGCAAAUCUCAGGAGGCGAUCGUCGCAGGGUGCAUCUUCAUCGCUUGCCGGCAGACCAACGUGCCGCGGACUUUCCGGGAGGUUUACGGGCUUACCAAAGUUUCGAAGAAGGAGAUUGGGCGCGUCUUCAAGCAGCUCGAGGCCUUCCUGCAGAAGAUGGGAGGCGAAGACAAGGUAGCCAAGGCAACGGGCUACACCCAGCAGUACCAGGCCAAAGGCUCCACAACGGCCGACGAGCUGUGCAUCCGCUAUUGCAGCAACCUCGGCUUCCGCAAUCCCGUCCGCGUGGAAAACGUCGCCCGGCGCCUUGCCGAGAAGUCUUCCGAGGUGUCCGACCUUGCCGGUCGCUCCCCUCUGUCGGUGGCUGCCGCCUGCAUCUACAUGGCGUCUCACCUCGUCGGGGAGCCGCGGAGCACCAAGCAGAUAUCGGUCGUGUCCAGCGUGAGCGAUGGAACCGUCAAGACGGCAUACCGAUACCUCUACGCCGCCAAGGAUACGAUUUUGACCAAGGAGGUCUUCUCGGAAGACAUGUACAGCGAGAUCAUGGCCAACAUCGAUAAGGUCCCGGUCAACUAGGAACUCAUCCUCGCGUACUUCGUCAGGAAUCUCCCUGAAUACCCGAUGACAACCCAACGCUGCUGACCACGCCAGCGAGCAAACCAUACCAGCAUUUGCACAGCGACAGAGUGUUUCUUCUUCCGGACGAGGAAGGGUUGCCGGGCGAGACCACACAGCACCGCUUGACUUUUUUUUCCCCUCCAACAGCAUAGAUACGGCGGCGUGAUAGCUGAUUGUACUUCCUUGGUGGGAUUUGGGCAGGACGUCUUUACUGG